UUGUGUUUUCUUUCAACAAAAAAACAUCUAAAACAAAUCAGUGUUAUCAAUUUUUUUUUCCAGAAGAAAUAAUGGAGGAACAAAACAAUCAACUCUUUGAAAUAAUCAGAUGUCUGGUGGUAGAUGUUGAUGUCACUUGUCUUCUCAUUACUGCUACUUUUCUCAAGAAAUCCAAAUUUGAAGUUGUGACAGUGAAGAGCGCAAAAGAUGCUUUGGGUGUUCUUCGUGGCAGUGGCCUCUCAUUUGAUCUUGUGGUCACAGAAGUCCACAUGCCCGAAAUGAAUGGCUUUCAACUUCAACAAGAAAUAGCCAAAGAAUUUAUCAUUCCUGUUGCUUUUUUGUCAGCUGAUGAAAAAGAAAGUACAAUUAUGAAAGGGCUUGAGAGUACUGGAGUUAUUUUGUUUAUGGGGAAGCCCAUAUCACAAAACAAUAUUAAUUAUUUGUGGAAUUAUGCUACCGUGGGAAAGAAGAAUCAUAAAGGCAAACAUGUUAUUAAUCAACAGAAUCAAGACAAUACCAAUGAAAGAAUCCCCCAUGAAGUAAUUCAUAUUGAAUCUUCAUCGUCGAACAGUGAGAGGGACAAGUCCGUGAGAAAAUGUGAAGAGACUGAAAGUGAACAGAGUUCAUCUCCACCGUCAAAGAAGAGUAGAGUUGUUUGGACAGAUCCCCUUCAUGACAAAUUCGUUGAAGUUGUUUCAAAACUUGGCAUGAAGAAAGCUCAUCCAAGGAAAAUUCUUGACCUCAUGGAUACUCCUGAAUUGACUAGAAUACAUGUGGCAAGUCAUUUGCAGAAAUAUCGUAUGGGCUUGGAAAAGAACAAUAGUUCAGAGUUGGUUUCAAAUGUGAGUAAAAUCACAUUUAGUAAUGCUAACGAAUUAUCCACAAGGAAAGCAACUAACAAUAUUUCAACUAGAGUUCAACAACUUAUGAUAGAAAAUUCGAAUUUUGUUGAUCAUGCUAUAGAGGUUGAUCAUCAAGUCUCCCAGUUUAGUCAAAGGGAGAAAGAAUUGGCAAGAAUAUUGUGCCGUCAUGUAAAUCAAAAGUCUCAUCAUAUUGGAUUUGGAGAGGCUUCAGUAGAGUUAUCCACUUUACAAGAGAGUUAUGAAAGUACUAGAAAUGGAGGAACUAGUACUACAGUAGAUGGCUUUGCUAUGUUGGACAAUGUUUAUUCUAUACCACAUUCAACCGAACUUACUCCAAUUAUUUCUGGAAGCCAACUGAAUGUUCAAUCUUCUAAUAUGGUACGUUUUUUAAUUUUUUUAGAUUUGUUCGUAUUUAUUUUCUGGUAUUCUUUAAGUUCAAGAAGUUUGCAAUCUUUCUAAAGCAUUAAUUUGAUGAUUUUUAGUGUACAAUUUACUCCACAA